AUGGGCUGCUCACUCCCCUUUUUUCUCCUUUACCCCGAAGACCCGACCAACGUGAAAACGCUAGCAGCAAUUGAGACCAGUCUCUUUCUUCUUUGUCUGGACACCAGCUCCGGUAUCAGCCAACUUUCCGCCCCAGUGUCUGCGAAUACUCACCUUUCCUUCUACGACACUGCGAUCGCAAAUAACAGCCUUCAUGGCGUGAGCUCAUCAGCCUACAACGCGGGCAAUCGAUGGUUUGACAAGUCUCAGUUCAUCGUAUCUCGCGAUGGCGUCGUAGUGAUUCAACAAGAGGCUGGAGCAGCAACCAGCACGAAUCGUCACUUCUGUGCCCCCCGGCUUCUCGAUUGGAGCAUCUCUCCAAACUUGUGUGAGAAGCUGGAGAUAGCCCGAGACUUGUUUGAUACUCUUGCUCUGGAUACUGACGUCGCCUGUGCCAAGUUUACGGCAUUUUCCAAGUCCCUGAUUAAGUCUGCCCGUCUCAGCCCCGAUGCUUUCGUUCAAAUUGGAAUGCAACUGGCAUAUGCACGCCUCUAUCCGAAUCGUCCGCCCCCAGCCACUUAUGAGAGCGGGACCCUCCGGCGUUUCCGUCUGGGUCGCACGGAGACCAUCCGGUCAUGCAGUGCGCAGUCAGUAGCUUUCACCAAAGCGAUGGCAAACGAUGUAAGUUUUUAUUUCUGCUUGGACCAUACAAUAACAGGUCGCCAGCACGGCGACUAUCUGAAUAUCAAUUUUCAACGUCCGCCUAGUCCCGUUGUUGCCAAACUUGAGAGUAUUAUUAUUUGA